AUGUCUCGCUUCUUCAUCUCAGCCGAGCGCACAACGGCGCAGAAGCGCACGGCCGCUGCCAACCAGCUAUCCCUUGUCACGGCCGAUCUCCUCCUCCCAGGGUUCCAAAUAUACACGAAUGUCGAGUGGGUGGUCAACCGGUCGCGGGUAUUCAAGACGUUUGCGGUGUUCACCGGCCGAAACGAUCACGUCGCACGCGUAACAGUCGUCGAGUUCCGUGCGGAUCUUCAGAGCGUAGAUUAUGAGGACUCGAUACAGAAGGCGUUUGCGCAAUUCGAGCAGGAUGGGUUGAAGAUGAGGGAGACGCCGCAGGGGGUUAUCAUGACUGGGAAUCCGGAAUGGUUCAGCAAAGCUUCUAGUACCUGCAUCUUGGUCCCUGAGGGUGACUACGAUACCCACCUUCCGGAACUCUUCGUGAACAUCAAUUUGCGUCGCUUUGGCUGUGGGGAAAGAUCACUUUUGUCAUACCGGCCGCCCUCACAGGCUGUCUCCGAUAAGUUCUAUCGUGUGACCGGUAUCGCUCCAUCGGAAGAUCAAGCUAUCGGCCCCUGCGUUCUCUCGUUAGGACAUGUCGCGCACGAAGCGCUCGUAAUGUUAUCAUUGCUGGAGAAGCCGUUUGAGGACGGACUUAUAUGCGAUACCACGCAGGCCGCUUUCAAGCGUUUCUACAACGAGUUUGGUCCGUUCAAUGACGUCGACAUUGGACAGGGAAGUUGGACAGACCCGAUGCUGAUCACAGCGGCGCUGCGGGUGGUGGAAAGGCUCAAGCACAAGCUUGCAGUGCUGGGACACGCGGUGAAACCGGGCAACGAGGUCAGCAACGAGUUGGGAAGGCAGAUUAAGCAUUUUCAGAAGUCCCAGGGCCUCAAGCCGACGCAGGUGUUUGAUCGCAAGACUAUAGAGCGAAUUGAUGCGCUCUACGUGAGGGUGCCGGCGCCUGCCCAAGCGGUCGCGGCCGUAUCCACCACUGUCAAUGUAUUGCGAUCGACCAUUGAGAACAUGACUGGGCUUCCAACAGGCUCUCACCGUCGCGGCGACGAGGUUGAACGAGAUGGACCUAACGCGACGCCAGGUUACAGCGUUUCGGGAGACCAUGACCUUGAGUACUUCUACGCCACCUGGAUGAAAAGGAAUAAGCGCAUGGAAAAGAUCCAGAAUCGCAAAAAGGAUAAACGAAAUCGAGGAGAAGGUGUCGGAGCGAGCAUCGGAGGGACGGAUGCUUUCCACACUUCCAUCCGUACGUCGGCAUCGCUGCCGUCGUCAAACGAGAAGGCAAGUGGUGGUCUUGCCGCAGCAUCUCCAUCACCGUCCACAUUGUUGAACGAGGGUGCAGGCCGGCCAACGGGGCAAUUACCCACAAGUCAGUCUUGGGUGGGCGAAGACGGGGAUGACGACGGACAGGGCAAACAUCGCCACGGGCCUGGUCGGAUGCUGCGUGGGAUCAAAGAUUCUACGUCGCGCACUAUUGGGGGAAUAGUUGACAAAUCUAAACGGGUUCGGAAGGGCAUGAAGCAGCUUGCGAAUGUCGUCAUGGAAGGCGGGGUCGGUCUGGACUUUGUCGAGUCGGAAACGGAUGAAGAGUACCCUCCCCUUGAAGCCUCAUCAGCUCUGACGCGGACAAGCUUUGACGAGAGGAUGCUGUAUGGUGGCGAAACCGGGCCGGACAGCAUUGAUGGGGGAGUGGAAGACAUGGAUCACCUUGAGGAAAUGGCCAGAGGACGAGGCCGCACCACGCAACCACUGGCGGACGGGUCCGGGUUUCCGGCAAGGAAGGGUGCUGCUGGCCGGCGUGCGCUGAGUCUGGACGCAUCAAAGGGCCUAGAUGUUUCAUCACCGGGGCGCAAUUCAGCACGUCGCGAACGACUGGAACGCGUUCGUGCCCAGAGUCCUGGACGGGCGUUGGCAGAUCCUAGCAGCCCGACCAGUGCAUCUCGCGGGCAAUCGCUCUCACUCAUGCCUGAAGAUGCGGAAGGCGUUGUGCAAACACCUUCAGGUCCGAGCGUCGAUAAUGUGUCCCAGUCAUCACAAUCAACUGGGCACACGAACCAAGUGUCAGUCCCACUAGUAUUACGGCGUCGUAGCACAUUCGAGGGAGGGCUGACGAUCGGUCGCAAACUAUCUAUCAAGGAGAUGUCGAUGCGCGGCUCCCCAGCAUCUGCCGUCCCGUCCACGGUCACGACUGUAACCCCAUCAUCCGUCAUAUCACCAGCGUCAACAGUCUCAACCGCUUCGCCGCAAUCAGCGGUCGGAUCCGCCACCCCGUCCACUGCCACCCCAUCCACAGCAACGUCCGUUCGAGCCAACAACAAACACUUUUCGACAGAUGGCAAACGCGCGGCGACAUCCACAAGCUCCGCCCCGCCUCUCAUCACUUUGCAACGCGGCACGCCAACGCAGUUGAGUCUCGCAUCAACUGCACCCAGUCUCAAUGAUGCCCCACUGCAGCCACUUGCUCCACACCCCAAAAUCGAAGCCCUCACCGCGGGCGUCACCCGCCGACUCAACCAUCUCACCCACACUUUAAAGACCACCAUCCCGCCAUUGAUAGAGACACUGAACACGCAAUCCGACACGAUCGCGCAACGGCUCGCAGAGCAAGCCGCGAAAGCCACCGCGAUGCGGGCCGCGCUCGAGGAGCUUGUCGAGCGGCAGAAAGAGAUUGAGGCGCGGGUGGAGAGUGUCGAGACCGAGUCGUCGAGAGUGAAUUACGCUGUGGGGGUUUGUGAGGAUCGGGUGAGGGAGACGGAGGAGGCUGCGUUGGGCGUUUUGGGACGGGUGCAUGGCGUGGAGAGGUGGUGGAGGAGGAAGGGGCAGGGGCAGGGGGUUCCUGAGACGGAGGCGCUGCCGAGCUAA